AUGGAGAGGGGAAUGAGGGAUUUUGUGGCCUUUUGUAACUCUAUGGAGCUAUUUGACAUUCCAAUGAUUGGGAGGAAGUAUACCUGGACAAACUACCAAGACCACGCUAUCCUUAGUCGUCUGGACAUAUUUUUACUCUCCCAACAAUGGUUGGAUAGCUUCAAAGUUCUUCAGUGGGGACUCCAUAGGCCCAUCUCUGACCAUUGUCCCAUUUUACUGAUAGAUGAUGGUAGAGAUUGGGGACCUAGACCUUUUAAAUUCAUGGAUAUCUGGCUAUCGAAUCCGAGGUGUAUAGCUAUAGCCAAGGAAACAUGGGAGAAUACUCAGGUGGGAGGUUGGGCUGGUCAUAUUAUUCUGCAGAAAUUCAGAGCUAUUAGAAACAAGCUCAAGGUGUGGAAUAAAGAGGAAUUUGGGGAUAUAAAUACAGCGCUACAGAAGAAGGAAACUGAGCUGCACCAAUUUGAUCUAGUAGUGGAGGAAAGGGAACUUAGCACUGAGGAGAAAGCCUUGCGAUGUAAGGCUAAAACUGAUUUCUGGAGAAUCUCUCGACUGGCUGAAACUAUGUGGAGACAAAAAUCGAGGCUGAAUUGGAUGAAAUUGGGUGACAAAAAUACGAGGUAUUUUCAAGCCAUUGCAAAUAAUAGGUUUCGGAGGAAUAUGGUGGGUUCGGUUUUGGUGAAUGGCAGAGUACUAGAAGAACCGUUGGAAAUUAAGGCUGCUGCCGUUGAGCAUUUUAGCAAUAAUUUUCAAGAAGAGCGAAGGAUCAGAGCAGUGCUUGAAAUUUUUUUUGAGGAAGGGGAGAUCCUUGCAGCAGUAAAGGAUUGUGGUAGUCUUAAGGCUUCGGGCCCGGACGGUUUCAAUUUUUCGUUUGUAAAAAAAGGCUGGGGUUUUAUGAAGGAUCUGGUAUUGCAAUUCUUUACUGAAUUCCAUGCUAACUGCAGGCUCGCUAGAGGAAUUAAUUCAACCUUUGUAACUCUGAUUCCAAAUGUUGAUUGCCCUAGAUCUUUCAAAGAGUUUAGGCCCAUUAGUAUGGUGGGAUGGGUUUACAAGUUAAAAAGAGCGAGGGAGCUGAACAUCAUUGUUGGAGCAAGAAUUGGAUCGAAUGGGGCUAACGGGAUUGCUGUUUCUCACCUUCAAUUUGCUGAUGAUACGAUUAUUUUUUGCAAGAAUGAUAGGGAGGAGUUGGCGAACAUUAAAAGAAUUCUUCGCUGCUUCCAACUCAAGUCGGGUCUGAAGAUAAACUUUUCCAAAAGUUCUUUGUGUGGUAUUAAAGUGAAUCAUCAGAUUGUAACAUCCCUGGCCAGGAUUAUGGGAUGCAAAGUUGACCAUUUGCCAAUCAAAUAUUUAGGCUUAUCGUUGGGUGCUAAUCCGAACAGAAUCAAAACUUGGGAUCCAGUAGUGGAAAGAAUGGAGAAAAGGCUUAGUGUCUGGCGUAGGAGAUUCAACACCACAGGGGGUAGACUCACUCUCACGAAUUCUUCUCUUAGCAGCCUGCCUAUUUACUUCUUGUCCAUAUUCAAAAUGCCGGUAUCAGUUGCAAAGGUGAUAGAAAAGAUCCAGCGAUAA